CCGCCGGGCGAAUAGCACGUCGUCUCUGCGUCGUGGGAUGGAGGCGUAAAAAUUCGAUAGUCGCCAAAUGACACUAUUUUUGUCGCGUCUCAAACGCAUAUUAUGAAUUAUUAGUGACAGUGCGUAUUGUAAGUUCUAGUGUGUGUGAGUGGAUGUUGAAGAGAUUUUUAUGUGAAUCGCCUAUAGCGGACGCAGUCAAGCGCAUGAAGAUAAAUACAUCAUCGGUGAGCUGUUUACUGACUUUUAUGUUCAACAUGUAAAAACAUGUAUUGAAGAAAUAUCAACAUAAUGAAGUUUACUUGAAGACUAAAAGAAAAAGGAAACAAAUUCAGAAGGAAAGGAGAAAAAAUGAAGAACAACUUUGAGAAUACUACUUUUCAGCUGUAGAUUGUGAUAAUGGUCGUUGACAAGGUUUUCCGUAAAAGGAGUGAGGAAGAUCGUGAUAAGAAAACAAACAUUAUUGGAGUCAAACUGGAAAGAUAAAGCAUCAGACCGCCCCAUAUGGAUCAAGCAAAUGUUACUGGUAUUGAGACGGGCAACCUGACGGUCGUGGAAGAUCAAGAAUGGUUGCCAGAUUGGGUUUACAAACUGCGGACAUCAGUGUUGCUGCUUAUUGUCAUCAUGGCUGUACUUGGAAACAUGUUGGUGAUCGUCAGUGUUAUGCGGCACAGAAAACUUCGUGUCAUAACAAACUACUUCGUAGUAUCCUUAGCGUUUGCUGAUAUUCUUGUUGCUGUCGUGGUGAUGUCUUUUAACUUCAGCGUCCAAUAUUACAAUGAAUGGAUAUUCGGUCCCGUCAUAUGUGACUUGUGGAAUUCCUCUGAUGUCUAUUUCACUUCAACCUCGAUAUUGCACCUCUGUUGCAUAUCCGUGGACAGAUAUUACGCUAUCGUCAAGCCUUUAAAAUAUCCUAUAAAAAUGACAAAAAAGAUGGCUUUUGUGAUGUUAGCUGCUACGUGGCUGAGCCCCAUAACAAUAUCGUAUGCCCCGAUUUUCAUGGGAUGGUAUACUACGAGUGAAUACUUGAAAACCAGAGUAUUAAAUCAGUGCGAGUUCAAAGUAAACAAACCUUACGCGGUUAUAUCCAGUUCAAUAUCGUUCUGGAUACCUUGCACCAUAAUGGUAUUUACUUAUCUAGCGAUCUUCAAAGAAGCCAACCGACAAGAAAAGGCGUUGCACGCGAGAGCCGGAAACGCUAUGUUGAUGCACCGGCAUUCAAGAGACGUAGGUGAUAAAAACGGUUUACAUAUUAACGCCAAUACUCCAACCAAAGAUAGGAAUAUAUUAAAAAUGAAACGUGAACACAAAGCUGCUAGGACUUUAGGUAUCAUUAUGGGCGCUUUUAUUCUCUGCUGGCUGCCGUUUUUCCUGUUCUACUUGUCAACUUCUUUGUGUGAUUCGUGUACGUAUCCAGAAUUUGUGACUGUUCUCAUGUUUUGGACUGGAUAUUUUAACUCAGCUUUGAAUCCGAUAAUAUAUGCAUACUUCAAUAGAGAUUUUCGUAAUGCCUUUAAGAAUACAUUGGCAUGUGCAUUCUGUAGUUUUUGUCGACGGAAUCCUAUGGAUUCUGAAGCUACGGAAAGAUUGGAAAGGCGAAGUUCAGCUCAACUUCGAGUCCCACUUCCAUCAAGACGCGCAUCUGAUCUAGCGUCCCUUUGAAUAUUUCCUCAGAAUGAUGCGACGUCAGCUUGACGGGCCUAGUGUCUCAACGAAAUAUUUUAUGACCCACCCGUAAGUGAUCAGAACGAACAAUUUAAUAUUAGUUAUAAUAUCUUUUUACCUCAAGAAUAAGAACUGUUUAUAAUUAAAUAUUGUAAUAUUCAAAUUAUUUAUGUGUUCUCUCUAACUGUACCCUGUUAUAGUACCUAGUGUAGGUGAUAUUAACGAUGGUCGUGUUUGUAGUAAGUCGAAUAUAUAAAUAUAUGUAGACAUUAGCAAUAUCAUUCUGAAAGGACAGAAAAAAUGUGAUUGUGUUCUCCAAAUAUGAAAUAUUAUGUUCUUUUUCAAUUGAAUAUUUGAUUGUAAAAUAUCAUAAUCGAUUACAUAAUAAAUUGUAUAUAAUUCUGUAAAUAAUUAUAACUGAGUGGACUUCAAUUUAUUUGUAACAUAGGCCUAAAAUUAAAUAAAUUAAUUGUCAGUGGCCAUAAAAUGUAAAUAUUAGUCAUAAUAUAUCAAAAUAUUUUCAUUAUAUUUUCACAUAAUUUAUUCAUCUUAGACAUAGUUAAUUAGUUUCAAUGUUAGAUUCAGUCAUUGAUAUAGUCAAAUGUAAUUUUAGUUUUAAGUAGUUAAAUAACUAAUAGUCGAUAAAUAUAUUUUGUAAUCUUUACGUUAUUUAAUAUAUAUAUACAUAUUCCUAAUUUAAUAUCAUAAAAGAACUAUAGAAGACACUUUGUAAAUUAUUUAUUUAAACCACAAGUUAUUUAGAUGAGGUAGACGUUAAUUAAUUUAUCAGCUCAAUUUACUUGUUUUUAUUUUAUGCUUUAAUAAAAUGUAAAUUUAUUCAUUAAGUUUGUAGCGUCAAAGGCAAUUUGUGAAUAGAAUAUUAUAUAUAAUAUUAAGUUACGUGUAUAUUUUUAAGAACAUAUAACAUGAAUAGGGAGAUAAUAAUAAUUAUGGGGACAAAUAACGCUUCAAUAGAAAAAUCAAGUUAAAGUAAUUAAUGUGCUAUUAUAAACAGACAGAUUAGCAUUUGGUGUGUUAGUGUGUUUAUCCAUUAAAUAUGUAUGUGUUUAUCCACUAAUAUUGAAUAACUUAUUUGAAAAAUUGUUAAAAUCUUGAGCGACACAUUUCUUUGAACAAAAUUUUAAUUUUAUUUUAACUUGAUGUAUUGUUGUCUUUGACGAUAACAAUGCGCCUGAAGUGAAAUUGUAAUAUAUAUUUUCAAUACUUAUUUUUAUAAAAAUUAUUUAUAUUUUUUUUUUACAAAUGUGCGCUCAAUGUUUAAACAGAAUUUAAAUGGUAAAAUUUCUUCGGUGUUCAUCUUAAUUCCUCUUAUAUCUGUACGUCAAUGUUCAUAUAUACUCGCUUACAUCUCCUACAGGAAUAGCUGUAGAGAGUUUUAGUAGUAUCAACGUAUAACCAGUUAUUCAAAUCUUGAUGUCUCGUAUUACAAUUAAAACUUUCUACAUUUCGAUUCGAACUUUUAAAGUCAAUGUGUCUUCCUUUUUAAAUAUAGGCUCAAAUGAUGUUUAUAAAAUAGUAUAAAAAUGAAAAUUUGUAGUCAUAGACCAGUGUUUGAUGUAUGUGCCCAUUUGAUUUUUAAUGUAACGUAUUCAAAGGGCUGUUGGUGUAAUAAAAGUAAUAAUAUGGUUGUGACUUCUUAAUAUUACAACUGACGUUUUAAACUCAUAUAUCAUUUUCAAAUUGGCUUUCUUCGCAUUAAUUCUAUGCUACAUUACAAUAAGAAAAUUUAAAGACUCUUUGUAAGUAAAUAAUCAUUAUGUAUCUUCACAUAUAACUAUAAAAAGCAUGAUUGUUACUUUGAUAUUACGUGCUUAGUGAUUUUUUUUUUCUUGUCUUCGUGUUAUAUCUCCCGAAUCAGUUAAUUUGGUUGACUCCGUCCACUGUCAUUUAUUUAACAUUUCUGUAAAAUCAUAUAAUUCAAUGCAAUCAACAAUACUGUAUAUAAAUGUCAUCAUAAAUGCUUAGGUACUUACGUUCUAUAGAACUCUUUUAACUAACUGUAGUAUAGUCGAGUCGAACAGCAAUAAAUUUUAGAUCAAUGGUGUAGUUCGUGUAGUUAAUUUGCGUUAUAACCAUAGAAGUAAAUAUAGUUGUAUAUUUGGGUCACGUUAUUUAUUGGACUGUGAUAAUUUUAAUUAUUCCUAUUACAUUUUUAAUUUCGCAGUUCCUCUAUGUCACAAAUAAUUAUAAUUUUGUUAUUAAUUGAAAGUUUAUUUAAAUGAUGUGAUAUUUUGUAAUAAUUAAUGACGACACCAGAACAUCUGAAAUUAAAUUUCGUUGUAAAUAUUUUUCUUAUUAAUUUAAUUCUUAGUAUAUUUAUGUUUUUGAAUUAUUUUAAAUUAUUCAAAAUGUUUGAUAUGAAUGAACAUUUACCUUAAAAUGAAUAAUUUUUUUUUUUAAGUCCCUAUAUUAAAAACAAUAAGACAUUGCACAAACAAUACUUCUGUUUGUAUUUGAAGGACAUUGUUUUAAAUUUAUAUCAUUAUGUGAGUGUCAUAAGUUAUGUAAGUUUCUUAAAUUGUACUGUAUUUGGGUAAUCUUCGCCCUCACAUGUGCGUAUAAUCAAAUGCUUUUUGCAUAAUAAACAAAUUAUUUCGUAUA